AUGUGCGAGGGGUCAAGGCGAAGGGUAAUAUUUUGAUUUAUGAUCCUGCACCUUCAUACCUGUUUAGCACGUUUCAUUUAUGAAUAUUGAAGAAAGACAACACCGAAUCAGAAGGAGUCAUAUCACGUCGGGCAAUCAAACAAGGGCGGCAUCAAUGAUACUAAGACAACCACGGCCGCCCAACAAUGGCGCCCUGAAACAAAGCCAACCCUGGCUGGGUAUAUAAGCAGGACUCCACGCUCCCAGUAUCACCAGUUCACGUUCGGCCUUGAACGACCUCAUUGAGCCCGUCUUUGAUUCUUGGCUCUACAUAAUGCCACUACGUCGUCAGAACGCCAUGUUGAGUAUAGGCAGCGUCCGCCCAGUAGCGCCAGCCCUUGCGCCACCAAGCCACCCAGCCAUCGUCCGCAGAGCCUCAACCAUUGGGCAGCUACUUGCAGCGAUGGGUAACAUGGGUAUUGGGUCCUCCGCUCCUACCCCCCCAAACACCCCCCUUAAAAAAUCGCUGUACAAGGCAAAGAGAGGUCCGUCCAAUCCCAAGGUCACCUCCAGGCGCAAGGCACCCCCUCUCAUAGCAGAAUACAAAUGGAUUGCCACUGAUCCCUGGGUCGACGCUUCCAACAUUAAGAGCAGGCAGGUCUUAUGCGUAGGCUGCCGCAACACCAUUCAGUUCAGCGACAGCAUUUCUUCCCGCUCCGCCAGAGAGGAAUGGCUCGAGCAUAAGGUGAAUUGCAUUGGGAUACGCCGCCAAAAGAUAGCCAAGCAGCAGAACACGUUGGCGGGUCCCGUAUGAUUUGUAGGGUCGGGUUCUGUGUCGACGUUACGUCGAGUGUUUAGUUGGUGUCUUCUUGCGCACCUUGCAUAAUAUAAUAUGACACGGACAGUAUACCUCAGUUUUCUUGUUUCUCAGUGGAUAGCGGAAUCUCAAUACUUAAAAGCGUUGAAAAUCCAUUUGCAUAAAAAUCUAAACAUUAUAUGAGAGAGUAGCUGUACCAAGGAUGUAAAAACUCCGUACUAAGAAUACAAAAUCAUGUAAAAGUCAACAACCAAUAGGAACAACCACAAUAUGCAAUAAAACACGCAACAGCUAUCAGCGUUGUGGAACCCAUAUUUUCACUGUCUGAAUU